CAAAACCUUCUCCCAGAUUCGUUCUCGGUCUUCGAGGCGAUCAGAAUCCCUGAUUUCGCGUCGGCCCCCUCGGAUCGAGGGCGGCUCCCGGUUGGGUAAAUGCGGCGGGCUGCCAUUAAGUUCGCAUUUGGAACCGCCAUUCUCGGCGGCGGUGUCACCGCCGCCGCCGUUGCCACCUCCGACGAUCCCUCGACCACCCUCAAGAUUUGCACCAUUGUUCCCCUCCGCCUCCUCCGCGAUUCCUUCACGGUGGCAUCUGUCGUCGCAGUUAUGAGAGCUGUCUUCAUGAUGUCUGUAACCAAAUAGGAGGCUGAACGCAUGCUUACAUCCGGAUGAAUCGAAUAUUAGGACAGGAGACCUUAAGGUUGGUACAUGUUGGCCCGGCCAGUCUGGUGUUGGAUAUUUUAUUGCCUCUUCUUCUUCUCAAUUGACUAUCAAUACUCAUGUUGGGGUCUCAAGCAAGGAAGUACUGAGUGGUUGAAGGCAAAGCAUGAAGCUCAUGAGCGAUCUGCUUAUAAGUUGCAGGAAUUGUGUUUUCGCAAUGGAGGGAUAUAUAUUAAGCUUGGUCAACAUAUUAGUCAACUGGAAUAUGUAAUUCCUGAAGAAUAUGUUCGGAUAAUGAAGGCCUCAAUGCUGAAAAGAUGUCCUGUUUCCUCAUAUGAUCAAAUCCGAAAUGUAGUCAUUAAAGAACUUGGAGGACCACCUGAGAAGGUUUUUCAAGAAUUUGAUUCAAAGCCUUUAGCUAGUGCUUCUCUUGCACAAGUUCAUGCUGCUAGAACCCAUGAUGGCCAGAAAGUUGCUAUAAAGGUUCAGCACACUCAUUUGACAGAUACUGCUGUUGCAGACAUUGCUACUGUGAAUUUGAUAGUGAGUUUCUUGCACUGGUGCUUUCCAGAAUUGGACUACAGAUGGUUGGUUCAUGAAGUCAGCGAGAGUGUACCCAAGGAAUUAGAUUUCUUGUUUGAGGCUAGAAAUAGUUUGAAAUGUAUGGACAAUUUUAGGAAGCUAUCCCCUCAUUUAGCACGUAACAUAUAUGCCCCCAAAGUCUUUUGGAACCUAAGUACAUCUAGAAUUCUGACUAUGGAAUUUAUGGAUGCCCCGGAAAUAACUGAUGUCAGAGCUAUACGAAGGCUUGGACUUGAGCCAAUCGAUGUCUCAAAAUUAGUCAGUCAUGCUUUUGCAGAGAUGAUUUUCAAGCAUGGGUUUGUGCAUUGUGAUCCACAUGCUGCUAAUAUGAUGGUUAGGCCUUUGCCAUCAAGUAAAUGGAAUAUUUUUGGGAAAAAGAAACCACAAUUGAUACUGCUUGAUCAUGGUCUUUACAGAGAGCUCAAUUUUUCUACUAGAAUAAACUAUGCUGCACUUUGGAAGGGUCUAGUUUUUGCUGAUGUUAAGGCCAUCAAGGACAAUAGUAUAAAACUUGGUGCUGGUGAGGAUCUUUAUGUUCUAUUUGCCGGAGUACUCACUAUGAGGCCUUGGCAAAAAGUUGUGGAUCCAUCAGCAGACCACUUAGUUAUCAAGGGAAAUCAGGAUGACCGUGCAGAACUACAGAUGUAUGCUGCUCAGUAUUUUCCUCAAAUAUCAGAGCUGCUUAGGAGACUACCACGUGUAAUUUUACUAAUGUUGAAGACUAAUGACUGUUUAAGAUCUGUCAAUCAUACCCUGCUUCAAGGGUCCUCCCUAGAAACAUAUUUCAUCAUCGGCAAAGUUGCAUCGGAAGCAUUGGCAGAUUCCAAGAGAAUAACAUGCGAAGGAUCAGCUUUUGGGAUGCUAAGCUUUUGGCUGGAAAUGAUUUUGGUUGAAGUCCGAUUUCUAUGCCUGAAAAUUGCAAUGCAUCUUCUACAGCUUAAAAAAGCUAUUGAUAGUCACUGAUCACAUUUUCGCCAGAGAGCAACUUAUUUGUUCCUGUCCAGCAUCAUUUUUUUUCUUUCAAAAAUUUUGUGUUGAUUUAUCAAUAAAAUAUUUAUAUUAAAAAUUGCAUGCAAUGUUUCAAUUGGAAUUAAAUAUUAAUUGAUUAAUUACAUCAAUGAAUGUAUCGACGUUGUUUUCAACAACAAUAAAAGUAGCUUUUUCUGUAAAAAAAA